UACUUUCUCACCUGGCAGCUGUCACCUCGCAGCUGUCAUCAGGUAUCCUUGCACCUGGGCUUCACCAGCAGCUGCGCCACCUGUUCUCUAACCAUGGCAGACAGGUUGCAGACCGUUUUCCGUCACCUGGGAUCGGGAAGGCCUCAGCAGGCCAUCUCCACCAUCCCAGUGUCAGCAGCAGCCUACCAGUACAGUCAGCCAGGCUGUAUCCUGUCUGAUGAGCAGAGGAGGUUUUACGACAAAAAUGGGUUCCUGGUCAUCAAGAACCUUGUCUCUGGGGACAAGAUAGACAAAUACAAGGAGCGUUUCCAGAAAGUAUGUACAGGAGAAGUGAAGAUCCCAGGAGUCAUCAUCAUGAGGGACGUGGCCAUCGCCAAGUCUGAGUUUGUACCAGGGGAACACGCUGUGACCAAGAUACAGGACUGGAUGUUGGACCCUGUACUGUUUGAGUACUGCUGUGAUCCAGAGAUCCUGAAGUAUGUGGAGGCGUUCACAGGUCCUGAUAUAGCAGCCAUGCACACUAUGAUCAUCAACAAGCCUCCAGACCCAGGCCUGAAGACCUCCCGUCACCCCAUGCACCAGGACCUGCACUACUUCCCCUUCCGCCCGGCUGACCGGAUCGUGUGCUCCUGGACUGCCAUGGAGAAGGUGGACCGGUCUAACGGCUGCCUGGUGGUCCUGCCUGGCUCUCACACAGGGGAACUCAAGCAGCACGACUAUCCUGAAUGGGAGGGAGGUGUAAACAAGAUGUACCACGGUGUGCGUGACUACUCCCCUGACCACCCCCGUGUGCACCUGGAGAUGGAGAAAGGAGACACGGUGUUCUUCCACCCCAUCCUCAUCCACGGGUCUGGCAUGAACAGGACUAAGGGAUUCAGGAAGGCCAUUUCGUGUCACUAUGCCAGUACCCAGUGCCACUACAUUGAUGUGGAGGGAACAACCCAGGAGAACAUUUCUGAUGAAACACUUGAGAUCGCCAGGAAAAAGUUUGGUGGCAACAUCAAGAUAUCUUUCAAGGAUGUUUGGCGCCUGCGGGCACGACUGGUGAAGGGACAGCCUGGAGAGAUAGCGGAAUAACAACACACAAAACAGCUGGUCCUGUCAAACUGGGCUUCCAACAACCAUCAAGAGUUUGUUCUAAAAUAAACUCAGCAAAAUACAAAUGUUCUUGAGCAAACCAACCUAAAUGUGUGCCACACUUCUGUGUAAAUUUUUGCUCAGCAAUAAGUUUGUGACAGACAACAAAAUUGAGCUGUGAGUAAAAUAGAUUACAAGAAAUCUUUCUUCUUCUUUUGUAAUCCAUAAACUUAUAUAUGAAUUGUAGUAAUUUAUAAAUCCUGCCAAUUGCCAUUAAAAACACUGGCCAUCAAAUCAAAUCAAAUUCAAAUGUGAAGUUAAAGUCAACUAAUUAUUCCAUUUGGCAGACAAUCAAAUUUUAAGUAAUUUACACAGUACAUUCAUUUAAAACAUUCAUGAUUUUCACAAGAAAUGACUUAAAAUUUACAAUUACAAUUAUACAAUUAUAAACAUCAAUAUAUUUUUCUUCUUAUUUUGUCAGUAAAGUUCCUGGAGAAACAGCAAAAGUGCCUUGAAAUAAUAAUUUCAAAUAUCUAUGAUAUACAUGUAUGUAAAUUAUGUUUCAUUAUGUGCAGCUAGCAUAUUGAGUUAAUAACUGGUGGUGUAUGAAAAAGAGAUUGACUAUAUAAGCAGCAAUGUAUGAAUAUUACAGCAACUAGACUUUUAUAUGCAUGAUGUAAGAAUGUAAUGCUAUAGUCUUCAUUAAAAUGUAAAUACACAUGUACUGGUAUUAAGGCAUCUGGAAAUGUAUUAUAAUCCGUUAAAACCAUCAGAUCUUUACCGUUGUUUAGUUUAACCUUC